AUGGGGCUGAUCAAACUUCAUCAUUUGUUCCUAAUCAUCUUUCUCUCCCAUUUCUUCUUACUCUCAUCAUCGCAGACUCCACAGCCUGAUCACCAAUGCCUAGACCACCAGAAAUCAGCCCUUUUGCAGUUUAAGAAUGAAACCUUCUCAGAGUCAUCAUCAUCCUUGUCUCCCAAAUUAGCAUCUUGGGAACCAGAUACUGAUUGUUGCUCCUGGGAAGGUAUCACCUGUGACAGUGCCACUGGGCAUGUCAUCGGCCUUAACCUCAGUCAUGUUAACCUUCAAGGUCUAGUCGAUUCCAACAGUAGCCUAUUCAAACUCCACAACCUGCUCAUGCUUGAUUUCUCUUGGAAUUUUGAUCUUGCUUUCAACCUUGAUUCUGAAAAAGUAAUUCCCACUCCUUUUGGUUUUUCCUUGCUACCAAAUCUGAGCCAUCUUAAUCUUGCCUAUACUGGUUUCUCUGGCCAAGUACCUCUCCAAAUGUCUCACCUUACAAAAUUGGUAUUUCUCGACUUCUCUGGUGAUGGAGGACUAAAACUUGAAAGUCCCAACCUGAAAGAACUAGUACAGAACAUGUCCAACCUGAAAGAGCUGCUUCUGGACCAAGUUAGCCUGUCAUCACAGAACAGUGACUGGUUCAAGGCCUUAUCCUAUGCAGCCCCCAAUCUCAGUGUACUGAGCUUAUCAGGUUGUUCAAUUUCUGGUCCACUUGAUUCCUUGCUCUCAAAUCUUCAUUUCCUCUCAGAAAUUGAUCUCUCUCUCAACAAUCUCUCUUCAGAAGUUCCUGAUUUCCUGGCUAAUUUCACGUCCUUGGUCUCUCUUGAUCUUAGCUAUUGUGGACUACAUGGUGAAUUUCCAAUGGGUGUUUUUCGGCUGCCAAAUCUACAGAAUAUUGACAUAUCAAGCAAUCCAGAACUCGUUGGCUUGUUACCAGAGUUCCCUGAGCAUAGUGCUCUUUCCAAGCUUCUUCUGUCGGAUACAAGAUUUCAUGGGAAAUUACCAGAGUCAAUAGGGCAUCUUCAGUUCUUGAAUCAAUUCUAUAUUAACAGUUGUAAUUUCACAGGAACAAUCCCAAAUUCAUUAGGCAACCUUUCACAACUUCAAUUCUUGUCCCUCUCUUCAAACAAUUUCGGUGGUUCAAUCCCAAGUUCAAUUGCCAACCUUACUCAACUUCAAGUUCUGGCCCUUUCCUCAAACCAUUUGAGUGGUUCAAUCCCUUCUCUGGUUCUACCAAGGAAGGGACUACUCAGUCUCUUGAACCUUGAGUUGAGUGAUAACUUAUUUGAUGGUGUGAUCGAUUGUUCUUUGUUUACACUCCCAUCAUUAAAUUACCUAUCACUUGCCGAGAACUUCUUCCGUAGUCUACCCCCUGAGGGUUCCUGCAAGCCUUCCUCAUCUUUGGGUUAUCUCAACCUAAGUUACAAUGUGUUGCAAGGCCCCAUCCCAGGACUAAUCACAGAACUCAAAAGCCUACAAGAACUCUAUCUUUCUUCCAACGAGUUCAAUGGCAGUCUGGAUCUGGGGUUGUUCUCUAACUUCACUAACCUUACUUAUCUCGAUCUUUCUGAUAAUCUCUGGUCAGUUACUGCUAGUCCCAACUUAAUCUUCCCUCAACUCUGGUCAUUAAAGUUGAGAUCAUGCAGUGUAAAAAAAUUCCCAACUUUCUUAAGAAAUCUUCAAGGUUUGGGUUCUCUGGACCUUUCCAGAAAUGGCAUCAUGGGUCAAAUCCCCAUUUGGAUUUGGAUGAGCUCUUUGGUCAGUCUGAAUCUUUCUGAUAAUUCUCUGACUGGUCUAGAUGGACCUCUGCCUAAUGCUUCCACACUUCAAUUGUCAUAUUUGGACCUUCAUUCCAAUAACAUAAAAGGGUCACUCCCAAUUCUAUGGCACCAAUAUCCAAUGGUCCUAGAUUUUUCCAAUAAUAGUUUCUCCUCUUUUAUUCCAGAUGACAUAGGCUCAUAUUUUGAUGACUUGGUAUUCUUUUCAGUAGCAAGUAACAAGCUCAUUGGAGAAAUCCCCGCAUCAAUCUGCAGCGCUGGUAGGCUUGAAGUCCUUGAUCUGUCCAAUAACAGUUUCAAUGGAACCAUCCCAAGAUGUAUUGGUAACUUCAGCGCUUAUCUGUCAAUACUAAAUCUUGGCAAGAAUGGCUUCCAAGGAACCUUGCCCCAGACUUUUGCAAACACCCUAAACACAUUGGUUUUCAAUGGAAAUCAGUUGGAAGGAACAGUGCCCAGAAGUUUGUCUGACUGCAAUGCAUUGGAGGUUUUGGACAUUGGAAACAACUGGAUAAAUGAUACUUUCCCAUUCUGGUUAGAGAAUCUACCCCAGUUGCGAGUUCUCAUCUUGCGCUCAAACAAGUUCCAUGGAAAAAUUGGAAAUCCCCAGACCAGGAAUGCCUUUCCAAUGCUUCAUGUCAUCGACCUCUCUUCCAACGAUUUCACAGGUGAUUUAGCAUCAGAGUACUUUUAUCAUUGGAAAGCCAUGAUGAAAGUAGACAAUGGAAAAUCUGGAGUGAGGUACCUGGGAAAGAGUGGAUACUACUACUCUUAUAGCAGCUCGGUGAAGUUGGCUAUGAAAGGAUUCGAAUUUGAGCUUCAAAGGAUCCUAGAUAUUUUCACAGCUAUCGACCUCUCAAACAAUGAAUUUGAAGGUAAGAUUCCAGACUCUAUAGGAGAACUCAAGUCACUGCAUGUCCUGGACUUGUCUAAUAACAGUCUAGAGGGUCCUAUACCAUCAUCACUUGAGAAUCUAAGUCAACUUGAGUCGUUAGACUUCUCUGAUAACAGGCUUUCAGGGAGGAUUCCUUGGCAGUUAACAAGGCUUACAUUCCUUUCCUUCAUGAAUUUGGCAAGAAAUGAUCUUGAAGGAACUAUACCUAGUGGUGGACAAUUCAACACAUUUCCAGCAACAUACUAUGAGGGGAAUCCAAGAUUGUGUGGGUUUCCAUUAUCUAGGAAAUGUGAAGCUGUUGAGGAAGCAUUACCUCCCAUUCAACAAGACUUGGACUCGGAUUCCUCAAGUGAAUUUGACUGGAAGUUUGCAGGAAUGGGAUAUGGUUGUGGAGUGGUAGCUGGACUGAGCAUUGGAUAUAUUUUAUUUUGGGGAAAUGGGGUCUUCUCUCAAAGUUUUACACUUCAAAAGCAUCACCCAAGAAUGAAAAGCAGGCGAAGGAGGAGUACUAGUUAA